AUGCAAAUCCGGAAAUCGGACACCACUGCCUCCCUUUUCCCGAAUAUGGUCGUCUCGGGUCCAUAUUGGAGUCUCUAUCCACUCCUAGCCGUCAUUGCAAUUUGCUCAUUUUUGGUCGGAAUGGUGCACCUCUUUUUAUGUCUUCCAUUUUUCUUUUUCCUCCUGCCGAUUCUCGCCGGGACAAUGGGUUGUGUGGCCGCCUUUCAUGCCGUCUUUCUUCGUUACCCGAAUCGAUGCGAUUUCUCUCUUCAACUCACGUGUUCUCUCGUGUCUUUCGCCUUUUUCUCGACGUCAAUCGUCGAAACGUAUUGUCUGAGUGAUUUAACAAAAGUAGAAGAGACUUCACAAAGCGUUUGCCAUGGGAUGAAAUAUCGAACUGCGUAUGUGGUCACGAGUUGUCGACUGUUUCUCGAUGGUGUGCAAACGUAUCUCUUAGAAUAUAUUGGUUGGAACGAGGAGCGAGAAAGGUUGAAAUUCGGUGUCUCGAUCGCUCUCACGCUUCUCUCCGCCGUGCAACUCUUCUGCUGCACGGCGUUGAUGGUUUACAGUGCUCGAGAAACGAAACUCCGUCUUUACUCCUAUCAUUAUCAAUGUGUCGUCGGAGCGGUGACUUUCUUUGUCGGUUUCAUUCACUGGCACUAUUGCUGCACGUUUUUCUUUCUUUUUCUACCGAUAUUCAGCGGGUUAUUUGGUAUUUUACAAGGCGCAAUCACAUGGAAACACCGAUGUCACGGGCCGAUCUCGAGAACGAUAAAUCUCGUCGGCUCGGCGCUGGCCGUUCUCCUGUUUGCCACGAUCAUUUUCGGGAUUUUCUGUUGGACAACCAGAUUAAUCGCCUCUUCCCCACCACUCACCUAUCAUUGUCACUGGUUGCCGAAUCGGGAACACCACUGCUAUCGGUGGAUUCAUUUCUCGAUUCCCUACAUCGAAUGGCAACCUCAUGAAACCGAAAGAGAGAUUCUUGUUUUACAGAUGAUCUCCUAUGGUUCUCUAGUGAUUUUGUCAGCUCUUCAUUUCGGCUUUUCGUUGAAGAGCACUUUUGCUAUGCGAAGUCGAUACUUGUAUUAU